CCAUGAACAGAGCCGACCAGCAUCCAUCAUCGUACAGUAACUUGCUUUAACUAUCCACCAACCUUCAAAACCCAACUGGUGACUAAUACCUCAAUUUGGCAUGAAGUAGACAGAGCCUUUUCGUCCAAAUACCAAUACUAUAUUUAUCUAAUAUACGAAUACCUCAUCCGACCAAGCACCUGUCAAUCGCACAGGAUGACAACUCCGAGAUUUGCGACGCCGCUGGCUUCCUCAACCUCGAGGCUGUUCCAAUGCGCUUUUGCCUCGUCAGUAACACCAGCACGACCAUGCCGCCACGCAAUGAGACGAGUGUCCGAAGCACAGUCUGCACGCAUGUCCACGAAGCGCAAGAUGCAAACCAGCACAUACCAAGCAUACUCCCUCGAACCCCAAGCGCCGCCACCCCCGCGGAGCAGCGGCACCCGAGAAACCUCCACCGGGAGAGGCAUCCCGCAACUCCACAACACAAUGCCACCGCCGAUACCUGGGCAACAAGUAGGAGCAGCACAACCGGAAAUAGCCAUCACCGAAAAGGAGGCGCAGAAGACGAAGCCUGUCCAGGCAAACAACUCCGCGGCCGCAGGCGCUGCACCAGCGACACAAGAAAAGCCAAAGUCUCGCUCGAGGCUACGGGCUGCUCGAAAGGCGGCAAUCACCCUCACACCGUCAGCUAUCCAGCAAAUACGGAACCUGCUCAGCCAGCCCGAACCCAAGCUCAUCAGGGUCGGAGUCAAGAACCGUGGCUGCAGUGGCCUCUCAUACAACCUUGAGUACGUUGACAAGGCGGGAGCAUUCGACGAGACGGUCGAGCAGGACGGCGUGAAGGUCCUGAUUGAUAGCAAGGCCUUGUUCAGCAUCAUUGGGAGCGAGAUGGACUACGUGGAGGACAAGCUCAGUGAAAGAUUUGUCUUCAAGAACCCUAAUAUAAAGGAUGAAUGCGGUUGCGGCGAGUCGUUCAUGGUUUAGACUAGAGCAUCACGUUGAGCGUAACGAUUACAUUGAUAUACCACUUAUUUUCUGUUCAUACAGAGGGCGCAUCGGCAUUGGGCGGCGUUUUGCGGGAACCGGGCAGCAGCGAUUGGCUCCAUAACUCACAUUUGCACAGACGGACAGACAGACAGAUAGUUUUGGAGACUAUAGACUGUAAUUAUGCAUAUCACCACUUUCACGAAAUUUCCUGGUUAGAUACCUGGCGAUGACUUGCGCCUCUUCAUCCCCGGUCAUAGGGCCUUGAGCACUUGAAGAUGACAGAAUCCAGAGCCAGCUGGAAAGUCAGAAUUGUACUAGCUGGGAAUUAAUGUACGAAAAUAUUACAACUUUCCUCCAU